AUGGAGAAGCAUGACAUUCCGCUUAACACUCUCAAGCAGUGUCUGCAGUUCUUGAUGUGGUUGAACAAUUCUAAUCGAAUGCAAGGCCUGGUGUCUCGAAAUUUAUAUGACCGUAUCAAUCAAUAUUAUAAUGACAAGUAUCUUAAAGAGACUGACAUACAAUCCGCACUGUCUGAAUUCCUGAUGAACGCAUCUGCGUUUUAUACGAGAUUGUGCUACUACACUACGCCGGGGAAAUAUGACGGUAAACAACCGAAAGAGAUUGUGGACGCCCUUCUAGAGUGUAUGCCCAAAUUCCUAGCCGUUAUGUACUUUUUGUGGUACAAUGUGGACAAUACCUUCGGAAAGCUGCAAGGCGGUGGGUGGGAAAAGGACUGGCCUGGGGGAGAGAAGGAAUGGUGGGGAACCUAUUGGGGCGGUGAACUGCAGGAAUAUCUCAGAGCAACAGUUGGCGAUAAAUACGGCGGCAUGGUACCUGGGGGGUUCGGUUACCAAGAGGUGAAAUAUAAUAAAUUUUGGGAAGGUUACUACCAGGGUGCUCAAAUGGCUAGGGACCUACAAGACAUUUUGAGCAAACAACACUACAAUUAUUUCCGCAGCGUGUUCGUCAGUUCCGUUAUUGGAGAAUCAGCCAAACGUAAAGAGAGCACCGCGAACGCUCUCUCAUUGGUCAGGACCUUUUGCGAUAUUGUGGCAGGAGAAAGUGACCAACAUAGCGGCGGUACUUUAAUAAAAGCAUUGAAUGACGGUUUAAACAGACUUAUGAGUUCAAAAAAUAACUUCAUAUGCUGGCAAGACCUAAAACAACAUUGCACUCAGCUUAGAAAUAAAUUGGGAAAAAAAUUGUUCGCCGAAAAACACUUUGACUUCACCGGACAGGCGACGGACACGAGAAACUUAAAAGGGACGGAUCUUGCAAGCAAGACAGCGGAUUGGCUUAGACAAAAUCUGACGACAGUGCGGGGACAUUUGAAUAAAAUUAAAACAGAUAACACUCUAAACGGCCAUCUUGGCGCAUACUUCACAAAAAAUCUCUUCCCGUACGGUUUUACGAUUUUUAAUAAGACUCGCUUUGACAUGAAGCAGAAUGCUGUGCAGAAUUUAAGAAGUGAUUGGCGUGAGGUGAUCGGCGUGUUUGAGAAAACUGACGGCGAUUUAGAUAGGCUUAAAGAAAUUUUAGAAGGUAAAAGAAAAUCAUGUCCCGAUCCCCCGCCUGUCACCAAAACAGAAGCCACAAAACCCGUGGCCGCAAGGCCUGUUCUCACUAAAACUGAGGCCCCCAAACCGACUGCCACUAAGGAUGGUGAGGGAGCACAGAACCAAGGCAAUGGUCAAAGUAGAGAUGCGUCUCCAACUUCACCAACUGCAAAGCUUGCUCCACCUCCGCCUCCCGUUGGUACAGGAGAUGCAGGCCCGCAAGGGCCUAGUGGUGAUCCGGGAGCUCCAGGACUUCCUGUUACAGUGACUCCGGGGUCUCCUCAGGACACAAGUUCACCAGUUACUACGUCGGUUAAAGCUCCACCUCAAGACUCUGUAGCAUCGCCAGUUCCUUCCCCUCCUCCAGCUACCGCCGGUGAUGCUGCAGGUCCACGGCCUGGCAGCCCUAAAGUCACUGUGCUUACUCAGCGUACGGGUGUUUCAGGGUCAGGCGCUGGGCCAACUGGCAGUGGAGGGGGUGGGCAAGGCGGUGUCCACGGUGGUGGUCAACCAACAAUUCCAGGCUCCAGUCAAACCCCAAGCAGCGUCACUACUACGUCGGAUGGCACGGCGGCUGGUGCAGGUGGGGGUAGGAGUGGGUCAGGAGAUAAGGUUGUUCCUCAAUCCGUUCCAAAUGUUAGUAAAAAACAGUGCAGAUCAGAUGAAUAUUCAGUGAAAGAUUCCAUUGGUAAUGAAGUGUGCCUUCGAAUUCCUCAGAAUCCCGCCCCAACCAAAUCAUAUGGCCCCAACCUUUCUCCUGGCUUUCUGGAGAAACUCAGAAAACAAGAAGCAGACGUCCUUAAAAAGGCGGAAGAGGAGGAGGAACGGAGACGUCAGCAAUAUUUACAGUAUUACUAUCCUAAAACAUUUCAUCAGAUCCCUACUGCUGUUGAGUCUUCAGCCACUAUGGGCCUUGAUGGCGUCGACGUCUCCAAUGAAUCUUUGUAUGAUCCCGGCCUAUGGUGGGAGCAAAGGUAUAGAAAUGAUUGGAAUUAUCCGAAGCAAUUAGUAGAGUGGACUGCAAAAAAGGAGCAAGAGAAAUUCGAGAGAAAUCUUGAAGAAGCUAAGCAAAAUGUAUCGAAACAACUUAAGGACACCUGGAUACUUCAGGAAUUACGGGACGACGACCUUGGCCACGUCGUCGUACCUUACAUACAUACGUCGAUGCCACUUCCGUAUCCGGAGUAUCCGGACCCGUUAGCACCCAAAGCUUUGUCACUGUCAGGAUCAGUCAUUGAUUCGCCGCCUCCUGAGACAGAUGACCCAGUGCCGCCGCCAACUGGUGACCAAUACGACUGGGACAUCGAAGUUGUACAACCGCAUCCAGACGCAGUGGAGAGCGCACUUAUAGGCAUAGAUCCGUAUUCUGACGUGAAAGACGAUGGACUGGUAUUCGAAAAAAUUGAUCGCCAAUCUGAUGCCAAACAAGAUUAUGUCGACCUCCACAUUGAUGUCCGCAAGCCCAUUGUUCAAGACCUUGUCGAUAAUCCUGAUGAAUACCUUUACUCCAACGCGGAGGAUAUCCUGCGGGACGAGUUGAAAAAUGCGGAGUCCUGGUAUGGGGAGGACAAAGGCUUUUCGGGCGUUCCGAAUACAAAUUUCGAUCUGGACUUUGCACCGGGCCUCCCUGGACUUCAAGGGUAUACAGAUCCUGGGAUGCCGCGUGAGCCUGACAGGGUGGUGUCCGCCCGGAGCAUUCCACUGUUCCCUGACGCUGGCGUCUGCCGCAACCCCUGGUACGUUUCCUCUUCCUCAGACAAUCUUGAUCAACCAACCCCCUCCCCGCCCCCAGCCUCGCACCAUCUGCCGCCUCCCAAGACCGUCAGGGAAAUGCUCUGCUGGCUGGUUGGAUUGACUCAAUAUGGGUAUGUUGAGAUUAUUAAGGAGCAUGUUAAAGGCAUUUUGAGGGAGCUUAACAAGGAUGUCUCACAGCCUCCAGAUGCCCUCGAGGUCACCGGGAUGCCCUCUCAACUUACCACUUCCCAUGUCACCUCCAAACUGACCGAGGCAUGCCACUACGCUGCAAACUUUCUCCACAAGAUUAAGUAUAAGGACUCCAAAGAUGGAUCGUCAACUCUAAACUUCAGCUCAGAAUAUUCCAAGUUUCGUUAUUCCGCCGACCCCGCCUGUCUCCUCUGCCAGCUGCGGGACUACGCCUACGCCUGCUGCCACCAGUUGGCGUUCCUAAAGUCGCAGUGUUCUCGGGAGCAGUCGCAUGGUGGUUGGCAGGAUUGUCAUUACGGCAGUGCUGUCUCCUCUGACUCCCCCCUCCAGGCCUUCCUGACUGACGCCCCCGACUCCAAGUUCGACACUCACCCCUUCGACCCGUGUGACAUCUGUCUCAAGAGCCGCGUCAGGAUGGGAUUCAGGGAGAAUGAUUUGCCUGCAUCUCACAAAACUGGCAAACAUAUUUCCACCAUCCUCUCUCCCACCUGCGGCGGCGAGGAUCCCUUGCUGACACUGUGCUCUUACCUCAACUGCCUCACCAGGCGGACGCCGCGCACCACCGGGGAGCUUGUCUCGUUCUUCCACAAUUUCGGGAAUUCACUGCAGUCAUCAUCUUCACUGCGCUCCACCCUCUCCACUCCACAUCGCCACUGCCCCGACUGGGACCGUCUCCAGGCCGCCUACCUCCAAGCCGUCCAGGACAUCCGGGGCUCCGCCCCUCCCAACUCCAUCCACGACAAGGACCAUCCCAGGACUCUGUCCACACUGCUCGGCUGCGGCAUCGAUAACGCCAACUGCCCACAACUCACGAAGCCCAUCACCUACCGUGCCUACGCCCUGUACUCUUCCAGCUUCGUCCACGACUACCUCAGCUGGGCGGUGUACCUGGCAGACAGACUCUGGGACUCCCUUCUCAUGCUGCUAUAUGAUCUCGAGGGCCUUCAGUGUUCCAAGUCCAAGCCCCUCCACCAGUGUGACAGGGCCCUGCCCCUCCUCUACCGUCACGGCAUCGCACCGCCGGACGGGACACUGCAGUCCUCACUCACGUGUUCGAAGGUCAUCGUCAAGCUGGAGGAGGUGGUUGCAGGUGGGCCUAUCGCAACGCUUAUGACCUGUAUGGACGCAUUCCUCUACCGCAUCCGUGCCCCCUUCCUCUUCACCAUCAUCACGCUCUGGCUCAUCGCCCACUCACUCCUCUACCGCCUGGACGUCCUGAGGAUACGCUCCCACUUAAAAACACCCUCAAGUCACAGGAUCGCCGCACAGUCACUGCUCGCCGCCGCACGCGUCAAGGCACUCGCCAGCGUCAAGUACUUCUCACCAUAA